AUGCCAAGCUGGGGCACUGAUGGGAAAUUAAUUACCUUAUCUUCAAGUAGGCAUAAUCUGGAUAACAUGGAGUUAUUUAGGAUAUACACAAUCAAACCUAAUGGCACGAAUUUGAGGAUGAUACAUGCUGUAGGAUUUGAAGAAGAAAUGGAGAGGCUGAAAAAUCAUCCUUAUGGGGACUUGCAUUUGGAGAAGUUGGAUGGAAGUGUAUUAAGGAGGCUGAAGUGGAAUGGCUAUGAGAAUGGGAUGCCUAUCGACAUCCAUCGAAAGAAAGUCGAUUAUGAAGGAAAUGCUGAUGAAAUCGAGUUGGACGCUUGUCUUUGGGAGUUGAUGUUUGAAUAG